AUGGGCGACUUGGGCCCACGGUCGUCCGUCCCCAGUUCGCCGUCCAACGGACCGUCGUCCCUCCGUCCGACCAUCUCGUCGUCGUCGUCACCUACGGACUCGCACGUCAAGAGGCCCAUGAACGCCUUCAUGGUCUGGUCGCGGGCGCAGCGGCGCAAGAUUGCGCUCGAGAACCCCAAGAUGCACAAUUCGGAGAUCUCCAAGAGGCUUGGCACGGAGUGGAAGCAUCUGUCCGAGACGGACAAGCGGCCCUUCAUAGAAGAGGCCAAGCGGCUGCGCGCGCUCCACAUGAAGGAGCAUCCGGACUACAAGUACAAGCCGCGCCGCAAGCCCAAGAGCAUGCUCAAGAAGGAAGGCCACCGGUUUCCCUUCGCCCUUCCCUACAUCCCGAGCCCGAGCGACUACCUGGGUCUCCCCAGGUCCCUGUUUCCCCACCACCCCCGCCUCGCGAUCCCCUUUCCGCAGCAUCCCGUCAUGGGCGCAGGACUCCCGCCCUUGUCCCCCGUCCCUCGGCCUUCGUCCAGGUCAUCCUGUCACCAGGACGACCUCAACCGGGAAGCCGCGUCCUCGGACGACGGCCGCAAGCUGAGUCCGCCGUCCCCGCUGGCGACGUCCUCUCCGCCGACGUCAUCGACGUCCACGACGCCAACGUCAGACCCGACGCCGGGCUUCAAGGCCUUCGUGCCGUCGCACUACGCCUCCCCGUACGGGUCGCCCGCCUCGCUCUACUCGGGGCUGUCUUACCUGAUGCCCUGCGGCUGUGGCUCGCCGUACGCGGGAGGCGCGGCGGACCCAAACUGCCGGCACAUGGCGACCGGGUCGUCGUUUCUGCUCAGUCCGUUCCUGAAGUCGGUGGAGACGGCACUGCCACCGGGUUACGCGGCAGCGCACGCGGCGGCUGUGGCGGCCGCUGCCUCGGGAUCUCUCCUCGACGAUCCUCAGUCCUUGUCCAGCCUGCCCGCGGCUCACUUGCUCGGUCUCUACUCGUCCCUGGCGAGGCCCAAGCCACACGACGCGCGUCUUGAGGUUAAUUAUACUACGUAUAAGGAAAUAGAGAAAAAGUAA